UAAUACACCGAGCCAAAAGAGAAGGAAGUGAACCUCUUUGUUUGAAAAAGGCGUUGAUUAUUUAUGAAAACGCCUCAUUUUUUCGCGGAAGGAAGCCGGCCGCGUCGGAAUUCCAGCGCUGUGACCCCGAAGGUGCUCUGGAUCGGUCCCUCUCCCUUAGAAAGGUCUGCUUUCUCCAUUCAUCUGAAGCCGGCUGCGCGCGAACGUCUCGUUAUUCUCGUUUUCAUGCCUGUUGUGUCAUAACGAGCAUUGAGUUGUGAAGUAGCGUGCCAAGCUCAAAGGCGAGUAGUGCGACACUUGAGCCGGUGACCGCAGCAUCGCGGCAGCAAAGGAGCCCAACGCACCCAAUAUGCGUGCCCUCGCCAACCUAGCGGCCGCUACGGCUCUUGUGGUGGUCCUACUAACCCUGGCCGCGGGCGAAGCGGCCAUCCAGGCCGGGUACGCUGGCUGGAACGAUGAUCCAGCCACGCAGUACCACAUCCAGACGGACGAGGGCCCCGAGCGUUACUUCCGCUACCAAACCCAGUCUGGCCAAUACCGCAAGGAGAAGAGGCUUGAGGACGGCACGGUAAUCGGCACCUACGGCUGGGUUGACCCUACCGGCAUGCUGUUGCUGCGCGACUACGUGGCCGACAACGCUGGCUACCGUAUCGUGCGCACCAAGAAGGUGUUCGUGGGCACCGACGAAGGCAAGUCGGCCACGCCGACCAAGCCCGUGUACGUCGCCGCGCCCGUCGCCGCCGUAACCCCAGCCCCCAUCGUUGUCACCCAGGCCCCCAUCGUUGUCACCCCAGCCCCCAUCGAUGACACGCCUUCGGCCGCCCCCAACGUGGUGGUGAUCAGGCCUAAGGUCACCUACAGGCAGCCCAGCAACACCAACUACCUGUACGACCACCCUGAGAGUGCCUCCAAACCACAGGCGUCCAACUUCAACAGCCACCCCUACUUCACUGGCGACUUUGGAGAGUACGAGCCCGUGGUUGGCUACCAGAAGAAGAAGACCGGCUUCCUGGUGCGUCCGUCCGUCUACACGUCGCCGACCGCGGCGCCGACCGCCCAAACUGCGUACUCGCCCAACUCGCUCGAGUACGGUGUGAGGAAGCAGCCGACUUACGCGCCGAUCAGGGUGUUCACCCCCGAGCAACAGCAGUACCUGCUGCAGAAGCAGGCUGAACAGUCCGCCUCCGAGGUCAGGUACCAGCAGCAGGCGGCCGACUCCUCUUACGACGGCGUGUCGACCACUCGCAAUGGCUUCAAGUACUUCCUGCCCAAGAACUACCACGAGGAGACGGGCACGGCCACCAACGAGCGCUCCGGAAGCUACGGCUACAUCGAUCCGUUUGGCAUCAGACGCGUCGUCUACUACAACUCGGCACCAGGCACCGGAUUCCAGGUGAAGAAGAACAACCGCUACGUCGGCUUCGAAUCAACCCCGUACGACCCCCGGCCUUAAGAGCAGCGAGCGUCCCUGAGAGCGAGAAAAUGCGCCCGUGCGCCUGUGUGGCAUUAACUUAUUAAGAAAAAGAAAAGACUAAUAAGCAGUGGACUAAUUAUUCAUGUAGGCGGGCUCUAAUCCGUACUUGUACUAAUGGUGAGAACGACGAAUCGGAACAAUAGAAUUUUUUAAAAAAAGGAACACAUGUGAUAAAUUAGGGGUUAUAUUUCGUGUUAAAAUCGCAAAUAAGAGAAAUCCACGGCCGACCAGUUAUAGGUUUUAAUUUAAUUUUUUCGAAAGCGAGAGAUUCGCUGACCGGCGCUGAGAGCGCGUGCCAAAUAUUCCCACGCGUGGGAACGUGCUGGCAAAUUACGCACUAAGCACGGGAUGUUUACUCUUACUUUUGUAGGAUUAAAAGCACUCAAUUCGAGUGUGAGCGAGUCGCGUGCGCAUAUUUACGUGUGUGUUAUGCAGUUCACUUUACAUCAGCUUGUGGGAAGCAGUGCUGCGCACUCAGUAAUUACCACGCCUCCUUAAAAAAUGAAGACAUUAUAAGCUAAUCUGCGAGUUUGAAUUAUUUCGUCGGCCGCUUCUGCGCUUUCCUCUUUUUGUGCUUUAUUUACGCACGCGUCAUUUCAAAAGCGGCGAGACGAAAAUGAAACUCCCAUGUUGCGAUGCCAUAUAUAAUAACUCAAAGAAAAUAUGAUAAUUUUAGACGCUUAGUGGAAGAUGCACUUAAUUUUAAGCAAAAAUAAAACAGAUUGAGUGGUAUUUUGAUGCAAGUAUCGUCAGUUCGUGUAAGCAGGUGUGCUCAAUGGACCUUGACGAUCACUGCACAUUUUUGCGAGAAAGCAUUGCAUUCUGUCAGCGAAAAUGGGCUCUAGUUGGAGGGUCCCUUCUGUGUGACUGUCAAAUAAAAAUUUUAAAAUAAAGUGGA